GUAAAAUCGGGUCGAUAAUCUUGUGUUGUAUAGGUCAGUAUAAAAACGUAGAACACAUAGCGAGAGAUUUAGGUUGUUAUGAAUUAUUGUUGAAAAGAAUGUGGCAGCCCUUUUUCGUGUUUUUUGGAAGAUACUAGAACGCACCAUGAAAGGCCUGCCCGCGCUCGUUAUCCUGCUAGCCUCCUGCUGCCACCCAUCCUCCUGCUUCAACGGCGAACUGGCAGAACUAGAAUGCCCCGACGACUGUCACUGCCACUACUUCCGCGUCAACUGGGUGACAGAUUGCUCGGACAGCAAUCUCACCAGGAUCCCCUACGACGAGCUCAGCCCGAACCUGUACGUCCUGGACCUCAACAACAACCUCAUCGGCGAGGUGGCCCCUUUUCCGGCUGACUUUAAGGUGCGCAGACUGCAGCUGGCUGACAACGCGCUGCAGGAGCUCAAGAAGGAGUCGUUCGCGAAUCUGCACUACCUCAUCGAUGCCGAUUUUUCGCACAACAGGAUCACCAGGAUCGAUCGGCAUGCGUUCGAUGAUUCAGCGGGCCUGAUACAUCUGGAACUCCAAGGUAAUCCACUGGAUCAAGUAGAGGGACCACUCAUAUCAGUCAAGUCAUUGCUGUAUUUGGAUGUGAGCAACUGCAGCAUCAGUAAAUUGAACGAGGGAUUUUUUGCGGACUUGACACAUCUCAGCAUUCUAGAUCUGUCGGAUAAUCCUCUCGUCGAGAUAGAUAACAACGUAUUUAAACCGUUGAGCGGCCUGGAAAAUCUCAAGAUGAAUAGGUGUAAUUUGACUCAUAUAUCAAACGGCGCUUUCAGUUCUUUGAGUUUGCUGAAGAAUUUGGAAUUGAUGGAGAACAAUUUCCACGCCACUAACUGGGACGUUGUUUUUAGUCACUUGGUUUUACUUGAGCACAUCGAUUUCAGAAAAUCUGGCUUGACGAGUUUACCUAGCACGAUGUUUGAUGGCAAUCAAUAUUGCCGAACAUUAAUCUUGGCCGAGAAUGACCUAGCAGGGUUGGACGUCGAGGCAACUAUAAGUAAACUUCAGAAUCUCGAUACGCUGGAUUUAUCUGAUUGCAAUUUGAGUUUGCCACUAUCGGAGGACGCAUUUGCCAAUGUCACAAAAAUACGGAACCUUUAUUUGUCCGGCAACACGUUGUUCGCAUCUGAUUUAUUGCUGGCCCUAUCACCUUUAACAAACUUGCACAAACUCUCUUUGAGCAAUUGCGGUUUGAGUCGUUUACCCGAUACGUUCGGUAAAUUCAAAAGUUUGCAAGAGUUGGACAUAUCUCACAAUCCUCUGAACGACGCGUUCGUUAAGCUAUUAGCGCCCCUGGAAACUUUGGAAUAUCUAAACAUGGGUUACAGCAACUUAUCCCACAUUCAGCCCGCGUCAUUCUCCAAGAUGACAUCCAUGCGACGACUGAUUCUGUCAGGCAACGAUCUAAGUAGUCUCGAAGCCGGAUUGUUCGGGAACUUCACCCGAUUGGAAAGUUUGGAGCUAAACUUCUGCGGACUAAGGCGGCCUCUCAAUGCCACAUUGUUCUUCAACAAUUUUACCUACACGGAUCUGACAGAGCUCCAGCUGGCUGGCAACCCGCUCCGUGUGUCAAAAACAGGGCCGUUGCUGCCCAAACAAUUGUCACGACUACAAACUUUGGAUCUCGGGAACUGCAACUUGACGUUCCUCCCGGCGGAAGCCUUCUACUGGACCAGAAACAUUACAAGUCUCAUCCUGGCUGGCAAUCAUUUCUCCUCUCCCAACGACCUGCGGUUUCUGGGGUCGCUGUCUAAACUGAAAAUACUCGAUCUAAGAUACAACAACCUCACAACUUUCUCACCCAAAGAUCUCAGCCUGAAUCCCAAAAUUGAGAUACUUAAACUAAUAGGCAAUCCCUGGAAGUGCGAUUGCUCCGUUGCAAAUCUUUGGGACUGGGCUACUCUACAAAAGGGCAACUUAGAACUCCUAGAAGGAUCUACAAUCACCCAGGAAGACGUCUCUGUGGGCAAAGUUAAACGCAAAAAGCUUCUCAUCUGUCACUACGACACUGGCACUCAAGCAAUAAAAAUAGUCAUGAACAAGACUGUACCGGGAAGAAGACCUUUCAUUAACCCAACUCGUACCAUCGCUGCCAACAGAACUUGGGCCAAGUACGUGAGGGAAUCAGGUUGUGAGCAAACUCCGACUUUGCAGCGGUCACCAAGAUCUGCUGACCAGAUGGAGCACAUAGUAGAUCGAGAUGGGGUCAAGAUUAGUUACACUAAGCACGGACCUAAUAACUGGGCUGCGGCAGCUAUGAAUGCUGCUUUAGCUUAUGUCACUUUGAUGGCAACUAUAGGCAUCGUUUUUAUUCUAACGAGAAAAAAGCGAAGUGACAAGGCACAGGUAGAUCCAAGAGAUAAAGACAAUUGAGUGUUUGAAGAACAAAUGUUAUUAUGUUCUUGGUACAUAAGGCAUGGUUUAUAUAGGGUUGAAAUUGAUGGCACGUAAAUCCAUUCUUAUUAGUACGAUUUUGUGAUAAUAGUGAUUGUCAUCAUGUAUCCCAGUAUUUCUAGGAAUUAGUACUAUAUAAAUGUUGUUUUUAUGCUUGCUCUAGAUAUUGUAUUGUUAAGUAUCUAUUAUUGAUUUCAUUUCAAUAGCACUAGGCUACUAGAAAUGUUUUUGAAAUAGUUUAAAAAGACUGCAGUUUGUUAUUUUUUUACAUUUGAUUAGAUUUAAUGAAAAUGUAGUACCUGUCAGCAAUAAUAAAGGAUUUUGAUCGUG